AUGGAGCAAUCAUUGGGGUUCGCAAAAAUGAUCGAGAGGAUGAAGGAGGAGCUCUUCUCUCCAUUGGCCAACCUCUUCGCCCUCUUACCCGUCUCUGCAUAUGAGACAGCUUGGGUUGCCAUGGUGCCUGACCCUGAUGAACCAACUAGCCCAAUGUUUUCGGAGUAUUUGGACUGGAUCCUACCCAGUCAAAAUGCUCUGGGCUUUUGGUUCGACGAGCAACAUGGGAGGUUUUGUUGGUUCAUUGAUGAUGAGAAAAUGCUAUCACAUAUGAAAGAUAACUAUGCCUUCUUUUUAGGCCCCAUGCUUAGCAUUUACAAAGCAUCACAUAUUGCUUUUUUGGAGGAUCAUGAUCUUGAUAAGGCAGAGGUGUUCUCCUGGAACAUCUUGCAGAAGGGACUCAAGAGCAUAAAAUCCCAAAAUGAAACCAAUAUUUCAUAUUCAUUAAAAAAAUUUGAACAAGAGAUUGAGCAUGAGUUAGAGGUUAAAUGGCUAGCACGAAUGGAUCAUUUGGAGCAUAUAUUGUGCAUUGAAGGAGGAGGGAUCUACAACUUCUGGGUGGGAAAGAAUGCAACAUAUAGGGUCUUACAAAAAAAUGACCUCCCCCAACUUGCUAUUGAUAAUUUUAUGAUGAGGCAAUCAACAUAUAGAAAGGAGCUUCAGGAAUUACACAGGUGGUCUAAGGAUACUGGUCUCUCCAUGAUGGGAUUCGGCAUAGAAAAGACAACAUACUGCUAUUUUGUCAUGACUUCUUCAAGUUGCCUCCCUCUUGACACAUAUUCAAGGAAGGAAGCAACAAAAUGUGCAAUCUUGAUUACGGUUGCAGAUGAUUUUUUUGAUGAGAAAGGCUCAAUGCAUGAAUUAUCCAUCCUAACAGAUGCGGUUCAAAGGCAGGAAAAUAUUAUAUGUUACUUAUGA